AAUGCGGUUUGGAGCUAACCUAACCUCGAACCACAUGUCCAAUUAUUGGAGCAUUGUAGUGCGAAGAGCCAACAUUAUUGUUGGCUUAUUACAAUCUCUUUUUUUGGCGUAAAAUUGGAGAGGAAUAGGAAAUUCCGUUUCUAGUGAAACUACGAACAGUGACAGUGUGAAAUCAAGAAAUAGUUCGAAAUGGCGGGUGUUUUGUUCGAGGACAUUUUCAAUGUAAAAGACAUUGAUGCAGAGGGAAAAAAAUUCGACAGAGUGAGUCGAUUACAUUGCGAGUCCGAAUCCUUCAAAAUGGACCUUAUUCUGGAUAUCAACAGCUGGCUCUACCCCAUGGAACUGAGUGACAAAUUCCGACUGGUUCUAGCAACAACUCUGCGUGAAGAUGGCUACCCGGACGGGGGUGAGUGGAAUGCUGUUGAAUUGGACGGUGGCUCACGAGCUGAUAGUUUCGAAUACGUAAUGUCUGGCAAGGUGUACCGAAUCGAGGGUGACGAGGCCAACAAGGAACCCAGCUGUAGGCUCUCUGCUUAUGUGUCCUUCGGAGGUUUACUGAUGCGACUUCAGGGUGACUCCAAUAAUUUACACGGCUUCGAGAUCGAUCAACACAUGUACCUGCUUAUGAAGAAGCUCGCCUUUUAAUAUCAAGAUCAUCAAGAAAAUAUGUUGUAAGGUUCGAAGGUUCAUGCGUUCUUGACACUAAGAAGUUUAAGAAGAUUUAAGAGAAUAAUUUGAUCAGUAAGUUAUCUUAAGCAAGAAUUUAUUUAUCAGUUUAAUUAAAAGCAGAAGUUGAAACGUUUCUAAAAGUAUCCACAACUCAGCAAAAUAUAAUAUUCUUCAGUAUUAUAAAUAUAAUUACAAAUUUUUCAUGAAAAUUUUUUUGUAAAAAA